UUAAAAUCGAAUUUCACUUACUAUAGUAUUUUUAUUCUGUGAAGAAACUACAACAACUUAUUUUAUAUUUGUUAUUUACAUAUUGCAGAAUAAAUUUACAUCCUUUUUUUAUUUCUUCUUUAUUUAUUUAAUUUCAAUCAAAAUCUCUAGUUCAAAUUGGGUAUAAUUAUACUAAUCAACUCUACAAUUUUAAAAUAAAGAUACCUAUUGGAAAUUUGGAAUAAAAUUUACAAUAUUAUGUUUGCUUUGCACAAGGCCUUACAGGACUAAAUAAUCUUGCUCACAUUUUAUAAAAUAUCAUAACAGUGCAAAAAGAAGUAAUAAUGUCAGUGACAUUACAUACGGACGUUGGAGAUAUAAAAAUUGAAUUAUUUUGUGAGCAGUGUCCUAAAGCUUGUGAAAAUUUCUUGGCUCUAUGUGCAAGUGACUAUUAUAACGGUUGCAUAUUUCAUAGAAAUAUAAAGGGUUUUAUAGUACAAACUGGUGAUCCUACAGGUACAGGCAAAGGAGGUACAUCUAUUUGGGGUAGAAAGUUUGAAGAUGAAUUCAAAGAAGAAUUAAAGCAUAAUGCGAGAGGAAUUAUCAGCAUGGCAAAUAAUGGUCCAAAUACAAAUGGAAGCCAGUUUUUCUUUACAUAUGGAGAACAACCUCAUUUAGAUCUGAAAUACACAAUAUUUGGAAGAAUAAUCGAUGGGUUUGAAGCUUUAGACGAUUUAGAAAAGAUGCCAGUGAAUCCCAAAACUUUUAGGCCCCUUACAGAAGCAAGAAUAACAUCAACAACAAUACAUGCAAAUCCUUUAGCCGGUUGAAUGUUAUGAGAACUGUUUGUAAUAAUAAAGAAAAUACAAUUAAUUGUUAUGAA